AUGACUGUGUCAUAUCAAUAUCAUCUUGCUCAUUCAACAAGCGGCGGAUUUGCUAGACUUUUAUUUAAAUGGCGUGGAUCACUUUACAAAUUAAUUUACAAAGAAGUACUUGGAUUUCUGGUGCUUUAUGGUGUUAUAUCAGCAGUAUAUCGUAAUCUUUUUGAUGACUAUUAUCAGACAAAAUUUGAAAAAAUUGUAUUAUACUGUGAGGCGCUUGAAAAAAUGAUACCUUUAAGUUUCAUUCUCGGUUUUUAUGUGACUUACAUAAUCUCCAGAUGGUGGACACAAUAUCAAACAAUACCAUGGCCAGAUAAAAUAUUACAUCUAUUGUCAUUAUAUGUAUCUGGCAAUGAUGAGCAUGAUCGAAUGAUGCUGAGAUCAUUGAUGCGAUAUGUUAAUUUAUCAUUGAUAUUGGUAUUGAGAUCAAUCAGCUCUUCUGUUAAGCGAAGAUUUCCUACUCUUCAACAUCUUGUUGAUGCAGGUCUCAUGACAACAGAAGAACUUGAAGUUUAUGAGUCAGUGCCAAAUUCUGACAUAACAACUUAUUGGAUACCCAGCACAUGGUUCAUGCAACUUCUCAAAGAGGGUUGUCAACAAAAACGUUUUCAUGAUAUUCAUGCAGUUGUUUAUAUUGCAAAAGAGUUUGAUUAUUUUAGAUCAAAGUGUGAUCUCCUCUGGAGUUUUGAUUGGAUUUCUAUUCCAUUGUUGUACACGCAAGUUGUCACAUUGAUGACCUAUGGAUAUUUUUUAAUUGCACUAAUUGGCAGACAAUAUAUUGAUGCAUCAAGUAGAACACUUGUAAAAGGACAUUUACAAACAGAACUUGAUAAAUAUAUAUCUCUUUUUACUGUUUUACAAUUUUUAUUUUUCAUGGGAUUAUUAAAAGUUGCUGAACAAUUGAUUAAUCCAUUUGGUGAUGAUGAAGAAGAUUUUGAAUUAAAUUGGCUUAUUGAUCGUCAUACAAAAGUAUCGUAUCUUGGUAUUGAUAUGAUCAUGAAAAAUAAAUGUCCUUCUUUAGUCAAGGAUAAACACUGGAAUGUUGAAAAUUUUUCACUGGCUUAUGAUGAUUCUGUUAUUGAUCUUAAAAAGAAAACUCAUCAUGGCAGUGUUACCCAUAUGAAAUUUCCACGAGAUAAAAAAGAAAAUAUUUCUGCUCCUGCUAGUAAUGCUGACAAUGGACCCACUAUCACGUAUUUCAAUGUUUAA